UGCGUAAAAAUGCGCAAAUUGGUGCCAGAUUUACGCGCCGCUCGUGUCAGUCAUCCUGAACGCGGAUGACAGAGGAGAUUAUUCCACAUGAAACCGGUUAAUCCUCCAGAACCGGGAGAAGUCUGCGGCGGCGCGGGGCUGAAUACAGAUGACGCGGCUCAGCAUUAAAGUCUCGUAUCCUCAGAAUAAACCUUUAAACCCGGGACUGUUUUUUUUUCUCUCUUUCUUUUGUUUCUCCGUGUGUCUUUCUUUUCUCACAGGCCUGUGCGGAAACAGACGUGGAAGGUUCGGGUGUUUGAGACUGAGCCGGUGUCUCCUGUCAGACUCAAACAUCUCAUUUAAUCACGAGUCCCACGGUUCUUAAACACUAGUGACAGAAACACGAGUCCGGGGUGAAGUGGUCUGAACUCCGCCACACGCAGCGCGUUGGUCAAACAUCACCCACCUCCACCCGAGUGUUUGCACCUUCUUUAUCUCAUUAACUCUAAUCUGUUGUUUCUGUCCAAACCUUUUUUUCUUUCUCUUCUUUUCUUUUCUUUUCUUUUCUUUUUUCUCAGUGAACGCGCUCGAACACGCGGAAACCCUUAUUUGGAGCGCGCUCCGCAAAGAAACAAUGACGCGCCGAGAGUCCGCAGCCAAUCAGGCGGCAGAGGCGCGACCAGUAUUCAGAUGAGCGCUCCUUAUUUGGAGCGCGGCCCACCCACUCCUGGUCCACGCCGGUCCCCCGGGAACUCCAGAGCCCCGGACCCCGGGAGAAGGAGCUCUCCGCCGGGACGGAGGAGCCAUAAAGAGCCGGGGAGGGAGGGGAUGAGAUUUCUCGCUGCCCAAUCCCCCUGUUCCCCCGGGAUCCGCAGCCUUCCACGGUCCGUCCCUCCCUCUUGUUUGCUAAUCAUUUCAUUUUACUCCUUUUUGAAGCGCUGGCGUGUUUUUUUUAUCCCACUUUUCAUUUCUCCACAAUCCGCGGCUGCUCGCCUCCCUCUGAUCCCGGCUCUCGCGCUCCGUUCUCCCGGCGUCAGGCUCCGGAUCCCGGCUGGUUCUGCUCUCCUCUCCUCUCCUCUUUCUUUCUCUCUGUCUCGGCUCCUCUGAGAUGCUCUGCGCUCCUCUCUCCGCUCCUCUCUCCGCUCCUCUCUCCGCCCUCUUUUAACUUCACAGAGGAGCUGGUUUGAAUCCCGGGCUGUUGGAGCCGGGACUGGGAUCUAAAACAACCCCGGAGAAACCCAGAGGGAUCCCGGGCUCUUCUCUGGAUCAGGACCCGGUACUUUGGGGAAGCUCGCUCCUGUGUGUCCCCCUGCACUCCUCCUCCUCCUCCUCCUCCUCCUACACCUCCUCCUCCUCCUCCUCCUCCUCGCUCCUCUUCUCUCCACCUUAAUCCAGGUGGUCCUUUGGCUUUUUUGAGUGGCUGCUACAGGGAGGAUUAUUCUUCAUCUGCUUCAUCUUGUUUCUGGUGAAGACAUCGUUCCCAGAAGGACACUUUGAUGUUCUCCAUCCAGGACAGCCUCCCCCGGGGGGCCCUGACCAUGAAGGAGGAGCCGCUCCCCACCGGCAUGACCCCGGUCCGCUCCUGGAUGCAGGGCGCAGGGAUUUUGGACGCCAACACAGCGGCCCAGAGUGGCGUUGGUUUGGCUCGAGCUCAUUUUGAGAAGCAGCCUCCGUCCAACCUGAGGAAAUCCAACUUCUUCCACUUCGUCCUGGCUCUGUACGAUCGCCAGGGGCAACCGGUGGAGAUCGAGAGGACGUCCUACGUGGACUUCGUGGAGAAAGACAAGGAGUACAACGGAGAGAAGACCAACAAUGGAAUCCACUACAGGCUACAGCUCCUCUACAGCAACGGAAUCAGGACAGAGCAGGAUCUGUACGUCCGGCUGAUAGACUCCAUGACCAAACAGCCCAUCCUGUACGAGGGUCAGGACAAGAACCCCGAGAUGUGUCGCGUCCUCCUCACCCACGAGAUCAUGUGCAGUCGGUGUUGUGAUAAGAAGAGCUGUGGGAACCGCAACGAGACGCCCUCCGACCCCGUCAUCAUCGACAGAUUCUUCCUGAAGUUCUUCCUCAAGUGUAACCAGAACUGUCUGAAAAACGCAGGGAACCCUCGAGACAUGAGGAGGUUCCAGGUGGUGGUGUCCACUACAGUCAACGUGGACGGUCACGUCCUGGCCGUCUCAGACAACAUGUUCGUCCACAAUAACUCCAAACAUGGCCGCCGCGCCCGGCGCCUGGACCCCUCCGAAGCAGCCACGCCCUGCAUCAAAGCCAUCAGUCCGAGCGAGGGCUGGACGACCGGCGGCGCCACCGUCAUCCUCAUCGGGGACAACUUCUUCGACGGCCUGCAGGUCGUCUUCGGCACCAUGCUGGUCUGGAGCGAGCUGAUCACCCCUCACGCCAUCCGGGUCCAGACUCCUCCUCGCCACAUCCCCGGGGUCGUGGAGGUGACGCUGUCCUAUAAAUCCAAACAGUUCUGCAAAGGAGCGCCGGGACGCUUCGUCUACACCGCCUUGAACGAGCCCACCAUCGACUACGGCUUCCAGAGGUUACAGAAGGUCAUCCCUCGCCACCCUGGCGACCCCGAGAGGUUACCUAAGGAGGUGUUGCUGAAGCGAGCUGCUGACCUGGUGGAGGCGCUGUACGGGAUGCCCCACAACAACCAGGAGAUCAUCCUGAAGCGAGCGGCCGACCUGACGGAGGCGCUCUACAGCGUCCCACGCAGUCACAACCAGCUGCCCUCACUCACCGGCUCCGCCGCUCACUCAGGGAUGAUGGGAGUGAACUCCUUCAGCAGUCAGCUGGCCGUCAACAUCUCCGAGGCCUCGCAGGCCGACCAGGGUUACUCCCGUAACUCCAACAGCGUGUCUCCUCGCGGCUACGUGCCGAGCUCCACCCCCCAGCAGUCCAACUACAACACCAUCACGUCCACCAUGAACGGAUACGGGGCGGCGGGGAUGACCAACCUGGGCGUGCCCGGCUCGCCCGGCUUCCUCAACGGCUCCACCGCCAACUCCGCCUACGCAAGCCCUUAUUCAUUCUCUCCUGUCCAUAUGGUUUCUGCAGUCAAACAGAAGAGCGCCUUCGCCCCCGUCGUGAGGCCACAGACCUCCCCGCCCCCCACCUGCACCACCACCAAUGGCAGCAACCUCCAGGCCAUGGCCGGACUCAUCGUUCCCCCGAUGUGAGGACGCCCC